UCGGAUUCCGAGAAAAAUCUCCAGCAGAAGGGUUUCGUGGUGGUGAUCGAGCGAGCGAGCGAGCGAUCAUGGAUUUGCUCGCCGGUUACGACGAUGGGAGCGAGGAGGAGGACGAGGCGGAGCGAAGAAGUUCUGUCACCGGCGCCGAGAAUGAUGACGGGGCGACGACCACGACCACUUCCGGGCGCUCUUCCAUGGAAGUGGAUAUGAUUCGGCCGCAGGGCGGCGAGGGCCGGAGCGACGAUGAGGAGGAGGACAGCGAAGAAGGAUCUCCCCUGAGGUUGAUGGUCCCGCGUAAGUCUGCUGCUCCGGAGGUGAGUGAUAUGCUGCUGGUGUCCUCAUCGGCCGGGAGUAAAUUCGGGCCCGAGAAGAGGAAGCCCAUCGAUCCAUCUCAGCAUUCUGUGAAUUACAACCCCACUUAUGAUCAGCUGUGGACCCCCAUCGUCGGUCCGGCCCACCCGUUUGCCAAGGACGGAAUUGCGCAGGGUCUUAGAAAUCACAAGCUAGGGUUUGUGGAGGACGCCUCAAUAGCUUCGUUUAUGUUCGAUGAGCAAUAUAACACAUUCCACACGUACGGCUAUGCGGCGGACCCCGCUGCCUCCAUCGGAAAUCAUGUCGUCGGUGACUUGGAAGCUGUGAAAAAGCUGGAUGGUGCUUCCGUUUACAACCUACCCUCGCACGAGCAUCGAAAGCGAAAGCUUGAGAAGAAAGCCGCGAACAAGGCUGACCAUGAUGAGGAGACAGUGGAGAAUCCUGAGUCCGAGGAUUGGUUGCUCAAGAACUCGAAGAGUCCUUGGGCAGGAAAGAAGGAGGGUUUGCAAGCGGAGCUCACUGAGGAGCAGAAGAAGUAUGCCGAGGAGCAUGCUGGCAAAAAGGGCGAUAGGGAAAAGGGUGAGAAGAUCGAGAUUGAAGACAAGAGUACUUUUCACGGAAAGGAUGAAUACGACUACCAGGGCCGUUCGUGGAUUGCGCCGCCUAAAGACGUCAAGGCUACUAAUGAUCACUGCUACAUUCCGAAGCGGUGGGUACACACGUGGAGUGGGCACACGAAGGGUGUAUCGGCUAUCCGUUUCUUCCCCAAGUUUGGGCACUUGCUUCUGUCCGCGAGUAUGGACACGAAGGUGAAGAUUUGGGAUGUUCAUGGCAGUGGGAAGUGUAUGCGAACGUAUAUGGGUCAUUCCAAGGCUGUCAGAGACAUUGCCUUCAACAACGAUGGUUCGAAAUUUUUGAGCGCCAGUUACGACAGGAAAAUCAAAUACUGGGACACUGAAACUGGCAAGGUCAUAUCAUCGUUUUCGACAGGAAAGAUUCCUUACGUAGUGAAAUUCAAUCCCGACGACGAUAAGCAGACGGUGUUGCUUGCAGGCAUGAGUGAUAAGAAAAUAGUGCAGUGGGAUAUGAAUAGUGGAGAGAUCACUCAGGAGUAUGAUCAGCACUUGGGUGCCGUCAACACUAUCACUUUUGUGGAUAACAACCGAAGGUUUGUGACAUCCAGUGAUGACAAAUCUUUGAGGGUUUGGGAGUUCGGAAUACCUGUCGUAAUUAAGUACAUCAGCGAACCCCACAUGCACUCCAUGCCAUCUAUAACUGUGCAUCCGAAUACGAAUUGGUUCGCGGCACAAAGUCUGGAUAAUCAGAUUCUGAUUUACAGUACGAGGGAAAGGUUCCGACUGAACAAGAAGAAGAGGUUCGCCGGUCAUAUCGUUGCUGGAUAUGCGUGUCAGGUGAAUUUUUCUCCAGAUGGGCGAUUUAUCAUGUCAGGGGAUGGUGAAGGAAGGUGUUGGUUUUGGGACUGGAAGACGUGCAAGGUGUUCCGCACUUUGAAGUGCCACGAAGGGGUUUGCAUAGGAGCUGAAUGGCAUCCUCUGGAACAAAGCAAGGUGGCCACCUGUGGAUGGGAUGGGUUGAUCAAAUAUUGGGACUAGCCCAGAGACAUUUGAUAGCAGUUUUGACGGUGAAGCAAUAUCUGGCCUCUAAAAGACUCCGUCUUAGGGACAUCCCCAUGCGCCUGUUUUUUGACAUCAGGAGAUGGUUUAAAAAAUUAUUUGGCUCAUUCUGUGAUGAGAUUCUUGGAUAAUGGAGUAAUGAUGGUAUCACUACCUGGUAACUAACAUGGUCCUUUCUUAAGUGAAACGGGCCUUAAAGUAUGGACAACCAUCGGGAAAAAUAUUCUUGAGAUUCAAAUCUUUAAAGACUAAUGGUUGAUUGAAACUUUCUUCCCUCAGCUCAUGAUCCAAGGCAGAGAUAUACAGCAUUGGUGUUUGAGUUUAGCAUCCAUCGCGGAGAAGAGCUGUUUUGAUUGACGGCAUGUGAAAAGAGACUUAAAAGCAUAACAUUAGGGGAACCAGCGGAUGAUGUUGGAUUCCGAUUUCCACUUGUAAGUCUACUGAAGCGGGUGGAAGGACCUGCACCUAAAUAGACUGAUGGUGGGUGGACAGGACAGGCCGGUUGAGAUCAAAAAACUGAAGGCAUCCAUAUGAAUGAAGGUACUGGAACGAAUUUCGAGCUCCUAAGAGGGCGGCGAUGCCGAUAGUUCAUGUACUGUUGCGCUCGUGAAUGCUAAGCUAGUCUAUCUGGAGAGAGCAAAUUUGUAAGUGAGAAGGACCGGGCACCUUUGUGGAAUAAGGCGUUGCUGGGCUGUCUUAAGGGCAACUGAAUACCCAUGAAGGAUUUCCACUUGUUUUUUUACUCGAGUUCUCACUCACUCACGUUGUAAGAGUCGUACCUUUAUCAAUGUCCACCGGAUUUCCAGGUACGCAGAGGAUCUCUGGGUGGUUGCCUAGUUCUUUAGUUCAGCUUCUUGUACCUUUUUCGGAAAUGACCCGCGAGGGUUUGUUCUUAGAAUUGCGGCAAAACCCUUUUCCUGUUCUUCAUUUCUACAUCAUUUGAUAUUGAGCGGCUCGUGUGAAACUCGCGAGUAGAGUGAUCGGUUGAAGUGAAUGCCAAUUUUCUGCAUGCGAAUUCACAUUACAAAGUGUAUCUUAUCACGAAGGUGGAAGACAUUGAACCUGUACAACCAAUUCUAUAUGAUACCGCAGCGUAAGAAACGAGGUUAGACUUAUCAAGGUGGGCUAGUCGCAUGAUAGAUAUUAAGAUUCAUGAAUUGGAAGCGUUUGGAACCCACUUUAUCUCAUUUGUUACAAUACCUCCUUCAGACGUACGAGAGCUUUUUCUUUUUUUUUGGCUUACAAACAUGAAAAUGGCUUCCCA